AUGGACUCGCAGGACUUCACCUGCUGCGCUUGGUGCAGUUUGAUGUUUGGUCCUGAAUCGGGUCCCCAGCUCUUACCCUGCCUGCACACACUGUGUAUCCGCUGCUUCACUGUCUCAGAGAAAAUUACAGAGUAUCUGAGGCCAGUCAUGUGUCUGAUCCAUAAACAGGAAGUGGUCAGCAGUUUCUGUCUGAUGUGUGACCAGCUGACGUGCCGAAAGUGUCCAGCGCUUCAUCCCAGUCACCUACUGCAGUUGAGUCACGAGGCGGUGGGUAAGCAGAGGAAGCAAAUCCUCCAGAUGUUCCAGAAGGUGCAGCAGAAAAGCCCGAGUGUCCAGAAGAGUCUGAAUAAUCUGCAGGGAAGACUGUCUGACCUGGAGGCGCUGCAAGCUCAGUUAUGUCUGGAUGUGAAGAAUACUGUAAGCAGACUCUGCAGCAUGGCGUUGAAGAAAGCAAGCAAACUCCUCCGAGACAUAGAGGAUGUGUGCAGGAGUGAGAAAGAGAGGAUCGAAGACAGAAGGAGGAUACUCGAGAGGCUGAAGGGGAAGCAGGACCAUGUGCUGACCUUCACACAGAAAGUUCUGGACUCGAACGAUCACACUGUCCUUCUGUCCUGCAAGAAACAGAUUCACCAUCAGCUGAAGGACCUGUUGGAGCAGCCAGCGUUUCCCAUGAGCACCAUGAUGGAGCUGUACUUCCACAGCAAUGAGUCCAAUGUCAAGAAAGUUCUCAAAGCCUUCGGAUGCAUCGAGGCUAGAGAAGUUCCAUUCGCUUGCUCUGAACCUGGCACCGUUCCCAACCAACUCCUCACUCCAAACGUCCAGAAGACCCCUCCUCCAUCCACUACACGCCAGGAUUCACUUCCAUCUGUCACUCUGCCUCCAACUGGCUCAAAGAAAUGUAAUAAAGACAAUCCUAAAGGCCUGGCUUGUUCCCCAAAAUCAUCCAUCUGCACUUCACAAUAUAAUAAAUACCCUGCCUGGCCCAGGUCAAAGCGCUUAUGGUCCUUUCAGCCGUACCAGCCGAGACGCUCUCCUCAGCUUCCACAGCCGUCCAGUAAACCCGUCUCAGAUAAAGAUAAUAAAGGGUCGCUUGUUGCUCCAUCGCGGUUGAACAUACCUCACACCUCAACAUGUGAACCAUCUGGGACUGGUCCAAGCCAAGCAGAACCCGGUUCUCGCUCCACACCGCUGGGUAAAACCCCAGGUCAGGUGAUUCCUGUAUUUGAAAAGGUGGCAUCCGACAGUGCUUAUACAAGACGCCGUAAAGAUGGCGGUCUAGUCAGGGAUCAGUCAGUGCGCACUCUCGGGCGUUCUCCUGAAACUGUUAGCACUAAUAUCCAAAGAGUUGACUCGGAUCUCAAAGCACCCCCAACUGGAAGCGCUGAAGAAAAACAGGAAACGAAGCUUCCUGAUCCCUCCGUCCAACCCCUGAACCUUAAUCCAGAUCAGUCAGGACUGCAGACGUCUAAAGAGCUAAAUAUCACCAGAAACUUGUCAUACAAAACGUCUGAUUUGCUAAAUCCAAACGUGGCUGUGAAAAAUCCCAUAACUCAAGGUCGUGCAGUAACCUUGAAUCCGUCACAAUCAGGAAAUGAGCUCCGAACCAAUGAAGCGAACUCGUCACCUCCUCAAAACCUGUCCACUGCACAACUGAGUUUAAAUAAAAACACCGCCACAUUACAGGAAGUGAAACCCCUGGAAGAGACUUUACACGUUUCCGUGUCUGAGAAUUCGCAGCAGGGUCCACCGGAGCACCUGCUCAAGUGUGAGAAAGAAGAAACAGACACACCCACACUAAUUAAGAGUGGGGAGUUGAAGGGCUUGAAGGCUGAACCUGCACAAGAGUCAACCCAAAGAGUCUCGGUUAAAGAGCAACCUGAGAUCGGAGCGAUCACUGAGCCGUUGAACAGUCACAGGCCUGUAAAGGAGAAGGAAGAUGAGGAGGAGGAGGAUCCUGUAACGAAGAUCAGAGAUGAAGGAAACGUGGUUGUCCUGGAAUCCCUGGGAAGAGACUGGCUGCCUCGGAUCUCACUCUGCCGUUUAUCCGUCCGUGAUUAUCCGUCUUUUUGUCCUCCUGCUUUGUGUGUUGUCCAGAGAGAACCUAGUGAAGGAUUUCAGUUCAGUGUGAUCCAGGAGGAUGGACAGUCUGUUGUUCCCAGAUGCCUGUCUCACCCCCUGCUGGUCAAAAAGCGACACUGCGCUGCCUGCAGGAUCUCAGGGCAACUCUUCCAGUGCUGUGUGUGCCAAAGGGCUUUCCACAGAGAGUGUCACUUACCGCUGAUCUCCUUAACCAAGACUGAUCAGUGGCAGUGCGUGCUAUGCCGAGAUUUCUCUCACACCGGAGAUCGUGAUGUGGAUCCACAAUCCGCUGCUUCUCCCUGUCUCAGUCUGUAUGAGCAGAGGAAAUGUGAGUACCUGCUGCUGUCUCUCAGCUGCCAUAAACACAGCUCAACCCUCUACAGGUCCGCUACGAAAGUGUCGGUUAAUUUUAAAAACUAUAACAGCAGCUCGGAUAGAAGGUUGAAUGAAGAACAGUCAGGUCUUGAUGUGAUGGAAGCAGGAAAAAUGGGCGAGUGUAAGGAUCUGAGAGACUCUGAUAAGGACCAAAUUGUGGUGGCGAGAUGA